CAGCAGGGGAGGGAGGCAGGGCGGUAUAAAAGCAUCCGACGCGCACCUCUCCCGACACAGAGCGAGGGGGCGAGAAAGCGGGUCUCGGAGGAGCCGGGAGGAGAGCCGGCCGCUCGCAAACACGCACGCACGGUGGCAGGAGAGAGUGCGGAGCUGCUGCCCCCCCGCCAGCCCUAGGGCCACCGGAGGCGAGAGAGAGAGAGAUGGAGCCAGGGCUGCCCGCACAGACCGCCCGCCGCCCCCCGCCGGGCAGCGCCGCGAUCCCCGAGGUGGCUCCGCCGUGGUGUGGCGGCCCCCGCUGCUGCUGCUGCUGCUGCUGCCGCCGCUGCCCCGACGCCGCCGCGCCUCCCGCCGCCCGCCCCGCCGCUCCCGCGCCUGCAGCCGGGGCCGCUCCGGCGGCGGCGGCUCCGGCUGCGGCUCCUCCUCCUCCUCCGCCUCCUCCGCGGCCGCCGCCGCCGCGGGGCCCUAAAGCCGCCCGGCUCAAGAGGAUGGUGCGGCUGGCGGCCGAGCUGCUGCUGCUGCUGGGGCUGCUCCUGCUCACCUUGCACAUCACCGUGCUGCGCGGCGGCGGCGAGGCGCACGUCCCCGCCGGCAACCACAGCCAGCGGCAGAACUCACUCACAGCAGACGACCAUUCUCCUGAAGACAGCUUCACCCUGAACCCUGAGGACAGAAGAGAAUACCCUGAUCUCCAGGCUGCCCACCGGCCUUUCCCUAAGCAGCGAUUCAGGCAGGACAACGGACAUACGUCCUUGCAAAGAGAUGGACCCAGAUCUUUCCUCCUGGAUCUGCCAAACUUCCCUGACCUCUCAAAAGCUGAUAUCAAUGGGCAAAAUCCCAACAUUCAGGUUACCAUUGAAGUGGUGGAUGGCCACGACACUGAGGCAGACAAGGACCUGCAGAAAGAAGGCAGCAAGCCUAGCUGGCCAGUCCCAUCACCUGACUGGAGAAACUGGUGGCAGAGGUCCUCCACCUUGACUCGCAUGAGCAGUGGUGACCAGGACUACAAGUAUGACAGCACUACUGAGGACAGCAACUUCCUAAACCCUCUCGGUGGGUGGGAUAGUCAUGCACCCAGUCACCGGACGUUUGAGUCCAAGGAGCAGCCAGAGUAUGAUUAUAUUGAUGGUGAGGGAGACUGGAGCCCAUGGUCCCUUUGCAGCGUCACCUGUGGGAGCGGCAAUCAGAAGCGGACGAGGUCUUGCGGGUAUGCCUGCACUGCCACUGAGUCACGGACCUGCGACCGGCCCAACUGCCCAGGGAUCGAAGAUACCUUCCGAACAGCUGCCACAGAAGUGAGCUUGCUUGCAGGAAGUGAAGACUUCAACGCUACCAAACUGUUUGAAGUUGAUACUGAUAGCUGUGAAAGAUGGAUGAGCUGCAAAAGUGAGUUCUUGAAGAAAUAUAUGCACAAAGUGGUCAAUGAUCUCCCCAGCUGCCCGUGCUCCUACCCUAGAGAAGUUGCAUACAGCACUGCUGAAAUCCAUGAUCGAAUUAAGAGGAAAAACUUCCGCUGGAAAGAUGCAAGUGGUCCGAAGGAAAAACUGGAGAUCUAUAAGCCCACUGCACGAUACUGCAUCCGCUCCAUGCUCUCUUUGGAAAGCACAACGCUUGCAGCACAGCACUGCUGCUAUGAUGAUAAUAUGCAGCUGAUUACCAGAGGGAAAGGAGCAGGUACGCCAAACCUGAUCAGCAUUGAAUUCUCUGCAGAGCUCCAUUACAAAGUGGACAUUCUGCCUUGGAUUAUAUGCAAAGGUGACUGGAGUCGAUACAACGAAGCACGGCCUCCAAACAAUGGGCAGAAGUGUACAGAAAACCCUUCAGACGAAGACUACUACAAGCAAUUUCAAGAAGCAAGGGAAUACUGAAAAGGUUUUCCUUCUCUUCAGACACAAAAUAGCAUUCGUUUCCUGGAUGCCAAAGAACUGAUAAUGGCUGCUGCAUUGUCUUCUUGAUAGAGGUUGAUCAGUUUCUUUCUAAUGAAUGUAUAUAGUUGUAAUAUAAUAGAUAAGUAUUUUUCUUAGUGUGUGUAAUUUAUAAACACAUAUCUCUCUAUCUCACACACACCCGUUUUUACAUACAGACUUACAUAAAACUUGUCCUGGUAGGAUUUUAUACUGCAAUAACUUCAUUUAAUAAUGUGCCUUUCAUUUUAUUCCCCAACUAUAACAUAAGGGGUGGGAGACAGCUGCCAUCAUCAUCAGGCCCCAGGGUCCUAGCUGAGGAGGGCACAUAUUUAAAAGUUGUUAUAAGCAAUAGGAUUAAAGACUGUACUCUUCCAUAUGGGAAUGGUUUACAAGAGUAAUGCACCUACAGCAUCAGUUUUCUCUGUAAUUGAUUUCAUGACUAGUCCUGUCUGAGAAAGGAAGAAUUUUUUUUUGAAGGGUAGCACUCAAAAGUGAAUAUAGACAGUUACUGGCAAUUUUUUUCUUGCAGUUCUUCAUGUAUCUUUUAGCUCAGGUCUUUGCAGUCAAUCCAGGGUAGGCUUGCAGGGAGACAUAACUCUGGUUUUCCUAUGGAGCAGAAAAAGUCCUGAUACAGUGGUUCUGCAGGUGUUACAAACAACUCACGCUCGGAGACAAUUCAGAUACAGAGCUACAGCUGUCAGGGCUUACAGUCUUAUACUGGGGAGCAGACCUUCAGGACAGCUAUCUGUAAGCUAAGCAUGGCGUUGGAGGUGUGAGGCCAGAGAAGGAAACCAUAUCAAAGGAAAAAAUAAAUUAUGCUUACUUCCCAGUUUUUAAUAUGAAGACUGUUUAGAUCUGCUUGUUUCUUUCUUUUAAGAAAAGAAAGAAGUUGGGGUUUUUUUUAAAGAACAAGAAAAGUGGAACACACUGAGAUAAAGCAUGCAACCAGCCCUUUUUCCCCAUCUAUCAUAUGCUGAGUGCACAGUGUCCUACAGAAGAAGCUAUUCUUUAAGGAAGCUGUCUAGGAGGAACUAUUGGUGAGUUAAAAUGUCUUCAUUUUUUAAAAAAAAAGCUAGUAUUAUUUUUGUAAAGUAUUUAUUAAAUUCUAACAAUAACUCACACCUGGGAUAUGUGUCUGACAUGUAAGGCUUCUGUAGAUGGAACUUGACUGCCAAGAAUAAGACUGUGAUUAGGCAAAGGUUAUAUAUCCAAAUUUUUACAUAAGUAAUCCUGUAAUUCAGCAGCAGAUACCUGCAUUCUUAUGAAAGAUAAAAACUGCACCAUGGGUAAAUAAAUACUUACAGUUCCAUCCUGUAAAAGGCUGUCACUGCAAGUGAAUGUCUUUCUUUGGAAAACUAAGGCUGAAUGUCACUAGAGCUUAUUUUCGGGUUAUAUGGUCUGAUACGCAUAUGUGCAAUGCAUAUGGAACCUCACACAGCAGUAAAGCCAGACUUGCACUGUAGUCUUAGCCAAAAGAGGCAAAACAGCUGUGAAAGACAAUUCAUUUUGCUGUAAAUGUACACACAUAUAACUGUAAGUCUCUGUUGGCCUUUCAGGUGCUGGUUGAUUGUGGCUUCCCAGACAGGCCUGUGCACAGCCCCCCAGCAUUAACAUAUGCAUAAUAAGUCUGGUGAGUUUGGGAAGUGGUAGGUGGUACGAAUCGGGGGAUUAAAAAGCAGCCUGGACACAGGACACGUACUGUGACCAAACUUCUGGUGAUGCGAAGGCUCUCCCCAGAUCUGCCAGGCUUAUCGGGCAGACUGCAGAGUCUCAGCCCUGUACAUAGCUUCAGGUUUCCAAAAACAGUGGUCCAGGCAAAACUGCUGCACAUAUGCAACAGCAACUGAGGUAACUUCAGCAGCUGGCAGUCUUGGCCGAGUCAUUGGAUCUUCCCAGAUGUAGGCUUGAGUCGGAGAUGAGGGGGGACGUGAAUGUAUUCUAGCACUAGCGGGUAGUAACAAAGCAUGGUUAGUUGAGCAAGAGGGUAAACAUGGGGAUCAGCCCUUCAUUUUUAUAGAAACCGGGUUUUGUAAAUUCUUGCAAGGUCAUAAGAAGGAGCCACUAGCUAGUGGAGCCAGUUAAAUUGACAGCAGAUGGAUGAAAGGCCUGAGCAAGUCCAGGAUCAGUCACUUAACAGGGAAGAAGGUCUUUUCUGCAAUAUGGAGUGAAAGCCCUGCUUUUUACUUCAGUUAGCAGUGUAGGGGGAACAGCAGUCUCAGGUUUCUCUGGGAGGGCGAUGAGAGGGCAGUCACAAUUCUUGAAAUAUAAAACACAUCCUUGCAGUUUAUGGAUUAGUAAAUUAUGGUGCUGUUGAGAAAUGCUACUACACUAUUAAUACUGAACGUAACAAAGAAAGUGUCAGGGAAGAGGAAAAAAUAUUCUAAUAAAUGAAAUGACGCACAAAGUUUCAAGUGUUACCACUCGUAAUUUGCCAACGCUAGAAGCUCUGAGGGAGCCUAAUAACCACCCAUAAGGACCUACCAGGUUUUUGAAAGAAUGAGUCUUGGAGCAUAGAUCAAGAGAGUAUUUGCACUUCUGCAGUCUUAAGUAAUGGUCUUUGUUAAAAACAAAGUCAGUCCUAUUUUGUAAUAAAUCAUGAUCAAUUCAGGUCUGGGCUGCUUCUUUUUUUACUUUCUAUUUUCUUUCCUUUCCAAUGACUAUUGUAUGUCGAAUGUAUAAGGUGCUGGAGUUUGCCAUGGCCAAUUUUGUCUCUGUCCUUUAAAUAUAAUUCUUCAUAUUA